AGAACCUCCCGCGUCAGUCAGUAUCAGCUCUCUCUCUCUCUCUCUCUCUCCAUUGAAGUUUUGACCUGUUUGGAAGCCGAGAAAAGGAAGAAGCUCCAGUUAAUUGAUCUUUGAAAUAUAACUGUUCGGCUUAGCCGAGGCUUUUAAUCAGUAUUGAGUAACAGGGGAAAUGGAUGGACUACAUAGAGAACUGGAUGAGAUUAAAGUGGAGAGGGAAAAGCUAAAGGCUGAAUACAUAGUGAAAGCAGAAAUUUGUGAGAGAUUGAGAAAAGCUCAUAGUGAGCAACUAGAUAAAUUUCGAAACGUAGAUUUGGUUAUAGAGAAACAGGCCAAAGAGCUAGGCGCCAAGUCAGAGGAGAUUUUUGAAAUGAGGAAAAAAUAUGAAGACCUCAAAUCUAGUCUCUGUGAAAAAGAGUCAUCUCUGAAGCAUCUGAUUUCUAUGAAUGAAAAACUCACAGUUGAUUGUAGUGAGAAGCUGCAAAAACUGGAAGGAGAAAACAGAGAGUUGGAGAAGAAGGUCCGUGCUAGUGAUCAGGAAAUUGAAGGUCUCAAAAGAUUCUUACUAAAUUCAGAAAGAAAGCAAUUAGAAGCAGGGGUGAAUGCUCAAGCAGCCGAAGAACUGACAUUGAGAGAUGGCAUUAUCAUUAAAUUGGAAGAGGAAAAUAGGGAAGUCCAAUAUCAGUUGAAAUGGAAAAAUGAACAGUUUAAACAUCUAGAAGAAGUGCUCAAAAUGGUUAAAGAUCAGUUCAGUUCAAGUAAGAAGGGGUGGGAAAGGGAAAAAUCAGCACUGCUUGAAGAGAUCUCAAUACUGCAGAAAAGCUUGAACUCUCAAAGCAGGAUCUCAGAAGGUUUGAAAACCCAAUUAAUGAUGUGCAACCAAGCCUUGUCUCAUGAGGAAAGCAGAAGGAAGCUUCUGGAAGUUCAAGUGUCUGAAUUUAGUUUGCAUUUUGAGAAUGUUUAUGUGGAGUAUCUGCCAGAAGCCAAAUCAAAGACUGAUUGCUUGACUAGUCAGAGGAAUGAAGAAAUUGCAAGUUUAAGGAAUUCAAUGGGAACAAAGGACACUUGUAUCAAAGAUAUGGAAUUCAGAAUUAUGCACCUUGAGCAAGUGAAUCAGGAAUUGCGGCGAUCUCUUAAAGAACUUAAAGAAGAAGUUCAGACUAACAAAGCUGGAGCUGAUUCUUCUCUGAUGAAGCUGCAUAACAAAUUUCAAUGUUUGGAGGAGGUGCACAACAACUGCUCUUUGAAUCUCAAAGCAACAGAAGCUGAAUGGAGUUUUCGGCUCAAACAAUUGGAGGAAGCUAUGAACUGCCAUAUUUCUGAGGUGAAGCAAAAAAGUAAACAAGUACAAGAACUCCAGAGUGAGUUGGAAAGUUGUCAUGCUUCAAUAGAGGUUCUAAAUGAAGAGAUCUCUUUAGUACUUGUGGUGUUGAAGUCUGAAUCUUCUGAGGCUUAUGCGAAGCUAUUAAAUGCCAAGGCUGAGGUAGAACUGCGCAACAAAGAGAAGAAGGCGACAAAUUUGCUUUUAACAAAGCAAUUAAAGAUGAAGAACAGCAAUUUAAAUGAAGCUCUUGUUGACCUUGUGCAGGAACCUCGGGAACUACCUCUGGCAGGAAAGAGAGUUCAGUCCUUUAAUUACAUAGAACAGCCGCAAAUGUUUCUGAAGGAAGACCCUCAGAGGCAUCAAAUAUUGCUUGAGGACUCAACAGGAUGUCAGCUUCACCUGAAAGAACCAAAUUUGGAACGUGCCCAGAUGAAAGAUAGAAGGGAUUUUUCUAAGGUUUUAGAAACAUCAAACAGUGAAUUACCUGAAAAAGCUCUUGGGAAAGCUGAAAUAGAGAUUGGAUUGCAGAAAUGCAAAUUAACCCCUGCAAGUGUUAAAGAUUCCCUCAAAGAAAAAGAGGAAAUCAUCAAACAAGUGGGGAUUUUCCGUCUUGCACAAGAGGAGAUUGUGAGAACCCUUGAGCAAGAGAAAGAGAACCUUAUUCACACUGGAAAAGAGCAUGAGAAGAAAAUUAGUGAUCUUGAGCAACAAAUUGUUUUCCUCGAAACUGCAAUUGCGGAAAAAGUGCAGUUAAUUGAAGUCGUUCAACGAGAGAAAGAGACUUAUCUCCAAAUUGCAGAAGAAAAGGAUGACACCAUAAAAGACCUUCAUAGAGAGAUUGAUAGGUUGAAGCAAGAAUCCAUGAGAAGGGAGCUACAUGCGGAUAAUAUUUUUGAUCCAGAGAAAGAAAAGCUUCUAGAUGUAAUAAAAGAUAAAGAACAGAGCAUAGUGCAUCUUCAGACACUGGUUACAUUACUGGAAAAGGACUUGACAAAUGCAGUAAUCUGUGCUUUUUCCGAAGUUACAGAGAAGCAGGUUGAGAUUAAAGUGCUUAGUGAUGCUUUGGAGAAGGUUGAGUAUGAGGCCAAUUUAGAGGUUCAAGAAAAGAACAAAAAAGUAGUUGAGUUGGAGAGGGAAGUCAAUGAUUUGGGUCAUAAACUGAAAUUUCAAAAGGAAUCCUUGUCACAUUCAAAACCACGUGCUGAGCAGCUUGAAGCAUCUCUGGAAACAAAUAUGUUGAAAACAAAGCAACUUGAGGAUCAAAUUGUGAAUGAACGGAGGCACUUGGAGGGCCUACUUAAGAAGCUUGAGCUUGAGAAAAGAGCGCUGAUUGAAGACAUUGCAAAGCUCAGAUCAGAAAGAGAUAAUAUGCUGUUUCAUGCGGAGAGUAUCUGUGACUGGAUUAGUGAUUUUUCCUGUGAUGAUGUUAAAAUGAUGGAAAUGUUAGAGAAAAUAUUAAAAAUUUCUGAGGAAGGGAAGGGGCUGACAGAUUUGGCGGACAGUGAUGGGCUCUGCGAUUCCACCAGAGAGGAUGCAAACAUAUCUUCUCCUGCAAGGAAGAAACUUGAAGAGAGUAGAGAAGAAAGAUGGCCACUGAAAGAGCUCAACCAUUACCAGCUUCAAUAAGGAGAAAUGAUUUUCUUCACUGAAGAGUGCAGUAAGGUGCGGAGCAGUCUCCUACUGGACACCUCCAGAAGGUUGUGUACAACUUCAAGAUGGACAUCUCUUCUUUGGUGAAGCCUGGGCCUGCGGCUUUGGAGGUGCUUAGAGACAAUAGGGGGCAUUUUCUCUGCAUUUUUUAUGAAGUCUACUGGGUGUGCAGAUUCUAAUGCGGCUGAACAUGGCUAUCCAACAAGAUUUUGAUACACUAGUUCCUCUCAGAGUAGGCAAGUUUAAACACAUCAUAGACAGUCACUCUUCCAGUGCUAUUUUAUGGGUGUCAAAAACAGAUGUCUACCAAGGAAAUUGAAAAGGACCCCCAAUUCAAUUUCAAAGGUGCAGCAAUUUAUUCCGAGAGUGGAGUUCAAACACAUUUUAAGGGAGAGCAAUCAUCUGGACACAAUUCAUGAAUUACUGCAUAAAGAUAGAAUAAAUGCAAAAGGAAGUGUUUCUCAUGCUAGCUCGUUCCCUCGUGACAAUUACAUAAUUGAAUAGUUGGGAACUCCAUUAUAUAAUUUACAAUUUAUAUUUCCCUAAAGCCAUUUUUGAAGAUACAGAUUUCACACAAGGAAUCCCGAGAAUGAUAGCAAACCGGUGUUCAAUACAGAAGAAUUCAACCGCCUAAUCCUAAAGCAAAGAACAGGAACAACAUCACUAAACGAGAAACCAAAUCAGCUGAAGAAGUAAGAGCAAAUUCAAUUCCAAAGCCGCGACCGAAAACCCUAAAACUAAGAAAGAAAUGCAGAAGAGAAGAAUGAAACCAGUAAAAAGGCCAGAGGGUGUAAUCGAGAUCGAAGACGACCAAUCGAGGCAGAACUUGGAAGAGCCCCAAUAUCUGCAGUGCGUCGUCCUUCACUUUUUCGUCCCCCAUCUCUCUCUCUCUCUCUCUCUCUCCGGUCCAAUUAUGUAAGAGG